GGCAGUGCCUUGGGGAUGGGGAGUGUAAGUAAAGUAACCAACUGGACUGACCAUGCAAGUUGUUAACGUGUCUGCAUCCAAACUCCACAGACUGCGGGACAUCUCUUUGCUGCUGCCUGACAUUCAGCUGCUUCCACAAAGUUGUGAGCAGAAAAAUGAGCUUUAGGCCCACACCCAUUAAGCAGACCUUCAUUUUGGUACUAGUUCUCAACUGAUAUUUUCCUCCAAUGAGACAAGUAAAUUUCUGCUGGCUGUAUCCAAAAUACAACCAGCUGGAAAGAGCAGGUUUCUGCAAAACUGCUGCACACGCGGUCCCUGCCAGCCACGCUCCAGGAUCAGUGAUUCAGUCUGGGUGGGUUUGGCUCAUGGCAUGCUCAAACUGUCACGAUGAGCUCAAGCAGUGUUUCCCAACCUGUCUUAACAGGGGGAUCGACUAACUGGUUUUAGGAGAAGCCCUGGGCUGUGGCCUGCACAGCUGUCACAGUGACCUUUUCCAUGUAAACUUUGAAUUUGCUUUCUUGUUUGGUAGGAAAAUGUUUCCUUCUGUUUUGUGGGCCACUUCUGAGGUCCGUGGACCAAAGGUAGAGGAAUACUUCCAGCAGAGGAGCAUGGUUAGGCACAGUGCACCAGGCAGAACGAGGUUAGAUGCAUCUUCUGGAGAACGGCAGGAUGUACUGGGAGAAAUUAGGGAGAGCCAGCGAGCAAAUACAGAUCCAGUGUCCUGGGGAAGGGGAGACUAGUCUAACAGCACUGUCCUCUGAUACACAACUACUAUCUGACCAUCUUGUUCUGCUUGAAGGUUUCGCAGCUUUGCUGCAUCAUGCUCCCCCAGUGCUAGUACAGACAGGAGAUCUGAGAUGGUCCUUUCACAAGAUCACCUUGUCUUAACGUGCUCAAGUUUUGUCCUUUUGUAAAACUACAUCUCCCAGCAGGCACCAGGAUAACUGUCUUACCUAAUAAUGAGAUCACUUCCCUUAUAGCCAUCUUAUCAACCCUGCGCAAAACACUUUCUGGUGAGCAAAGGUGGUUAGAGAGCUAGACCUAGCAAUAGAAAAAUAACUCUGCAAACUAUGGCUGGCAAUGGAGCAAACGCAGCUUACACCCUCUGAAAUCACAGCAAAAUGCAAAACCGUUGUUUAUCAAAGCUCUUCUAAAAUGAUUUAUUACAGAAGCUUUAAUUUUGUGAAACAGAUCUUGGUUGAUUCUUAAUAAAUGCAAUGACGAUGGGAAACACUCCCCAGCUGAAUCCUGUGAUGGAACCCCUGUCCUGGAUGCUGGGCACCUGGCUCUCAGACCCGCCAGGAGAUGGCACCUUCCCUACAAUGAAGCCCUUCCAGUACCUGGAAGAAGUGCACAUCUCUCACGUGGGGCAACCCAUGCUCAACUUCUCGUUCAACGCCUUCCAUCCGGACACCAGGAAGCCCAUGCACCGAGAAUGUGGAUUCAUCCGCCUCAAGCCUGACACUAAUAAGGUGGCCUUCAUCAGUGCCCAGAACACAGGUCUGGUGGAGGUGGAGGAAGGGGAGGUGAAUGGACAAGAGCUGUCUAUAGCUUCUCACUCCAUAGCCAGGAUCUCCUUUGCCAAGAAGCCCCACGUAGAGCAGGUGAUGGAGAUCAGUGGAAUUUUCCCAUGGCUGGAGACAUAUGGCAUGUGGGUCACCCAUCUUCAGAAAGCACCUGAAGGUCAACCUGGAGAGCUACAAGCUGGUCAGCCUCACUUCAGCCCCUGGAUAUUUCUGCACAUGUGAAGGAGAAGAUUACCAGAAAAUUCAGGCUCAAUUCCGAUGGGAAACUUGAACAAACUGUCUCGAUGGCAACCACUACGCAGCCCAUGACUCAG